UGUUAUUUGAAAAUGUUUUCUCGGGAAAUGUUUCUGUCUUAACCUCUUGAAAUUAAACUCAUUCUCUCAUUCUGUAUCCUCUCUUUACUCAUCGUCAUCAUCUCUCCUUGUUUCUCCAUAGCCGCCAUGGGUAGCUGUUUCAGCACGAAGAAAGAGUCGUCGGCUGCAGCUGCUCCUCCAGUUUCCACUGUGCAGCCUGUAGAUCCAGAUAAGUCUCAGAAAACCGAGCAAGUGAUACCGCGAGAAGAAACGGCGAAGAAGGAAGAAGAAGAGGAAGGGUUAACAAAGAAGGAAAUAUUUGUGAUAAAGCAUAGAAACAGCCAUGAAAAACGCUCUCUUCCUCAACAGAAUGAAGGUGUUCAGAAGGAGGAGGAAAUCGGAAAUAACAUUAACAAUUUGGUAAGGACGUCAAGCUGCACCAAAGAAGAGGUGGAUGCCAUUCUCAUACAGUGUGGAAGGCUUAGCCGGAGUAACUCCUCUGGAAAGGCGGCUUCUUCUUCUGCCAGAAAGUACGCCGGUUCUAAGAGAAGCUAUGAUUUCGAUCAAAUGGAAACUGGUGAUGGCGUUGUUGAGAAGAAAAAUUGUGAGGAUGAAGAUCAAACGCUGCAGCAGAGACAACGCCAUCGCCAUCGCCACCCUUCUUCUCCAGGAAGGAGGAGGACCCCCAGUAGAGAAAGAGACCAUCAACAUCAACAACAACAACGUUCUUGUAGCAGAGAGAGAGGAGGUGGCAUUAAUGGUGGCGGAAGAAGAGUGAGCAGAUCGCCUGGUAGAAGAACCGAAAACAACACUAGUAAUAAUACUAGUAGCACUACAAGGCCCGGAAAAAUGGUGUCAGUGCCUGCAACUGUGAAUGCGGUGGAAAAAACCAACAAUGGCGUUGAUGUUGCAGAGCCAAUUAAAAGGAUCUCUGUCAAGAGAAAUAUUACGUCGCCUCGUUCACAGUCGCCGGCCAGAACUGGGAAUCCUAAUGUUAAGAUGUCAAAUGAAACUCAGCAACACCCUUCUCUCAGUCGGACUUCUUCAAGGAAAGCUGAGCAUUCUCCUUACAGAAGAAACCCCUUGGCUGAAAUCGACACCAACAGCAACAGAGUUCAAGCUAGAGGCAAAGAUGUUCAAGGAGAAGCUCCUUUACUGAAGGAUUCCUCCGCCAAUAUUCUCUCUCAGGAUCCAAUGCAGAAGCCAAAUGUGGAGACUGCUGCUCAAGGGACUAAUUAUAAAGCUAGCAGCAGAGACAAGGAAGAGGCUAAAGCUCAGGUAGCAAUAACAAACAAUGUUAAUCUUCCCCAAGCUUUAACAAGAAGCAGAUCUUCAAGAAGAUCUAGAGACCUAGACCUUAAUCCGGAGACAUUGUUGAAUCCGACACCGUCUUAUACGGCAUUAUUGUUGGAAGACAUCCAAAACUUUCACCAGAAUAACACUACUCCUUCAUUUUCGUUGCCACCCUGUGUAACCAAGGCCUGCUCCAUCCUUGAAGCAGUUGCCGACCUCAAUUCGACCACAAGCUCCAAUCUAUCUUGUGCAUUUUCUGAGAAUGCCCACAAUAUUUCUCUUGUUGGGAAGAAAAUGACAGAGGGUAAAGACCCUUUUGUAGAAUCUGAGGUUGUUGUAAGUGAUGAUCUAACAGAGCCAAGCUUUCAUAAGUAUGUGACUGUAAGGAGGGGAGGCACAUUAGGAGCGGCAGAUUUGGAUGAGCAGGAAUCAUCAGGCAGCAACAGCUAUGUGGGUGGAGUUCAACACAAUCGGAAUCUUUCUUCCUCUUCAUGGGAACCUAAUUCAGUUGACUCAACUGACCGCUCGACCUCAAUGGAGGAUGGCCAGAGGCAUCUCGCCUCUGAAACUAGAAAGGGGUUGGGUGGUAAAAGGAGAGACACUGAUUUUCAGAAGGGUGGAAAUUGGCGAAGCAGAGCUGGAGUUGUUCCCAGUAAAAGUCUCCACACAGUUCCUAUUGUUUCAGCUUCAAAGUAACUUGUUAAGUAUUCAAUUGUAGUUUUCAAUCGCAGAUGAUGAUGCAUGAUUUCUGUUGCAAACUUGCAACCAUUUUCUUGCUCAUUUAAAUUAAAGAAAAUUUGUAUUGUCUUUCUUCACCACAA